AUGCGACAAGCUCGAAAUUGCGCGGGGCGCCAGUCCAAACGAGAAAUACGACGCGACUCGCUCGUUCGAAACCGUAAGAUUGGGGGACGGACAAUCAGUGGUCCGGCCAUGUCCGACCGCCAAGACAUCGCGAGGACGACCAAGGUCCACCGUUUGGCAGCGCUGUUCGAGAUCCCGCGUCCCGACAAAAGUCACCGCGUUCUCAAAAGGUCCGCCUCCUUGCCGAUCUCGACCAAAUCGGUGAGUUUCGAGCGCGUCAAAACGCAGUUAGAGUGCGACGACGACGACUUAGUCCUCGGGGAACUGCCCGCGGGCGUGGACGAGGCGACGGUGGCGCCGCGCAGGUUGUACAUGAAGAGGAGCGACCCGGCGAGACGGUCCAACCGAUCGUCGCACCAAAAGACGUCCCGCGAAAUCAUCGACAAGAAGACGGCGAAUCGGACGAGUACCGUCAAACAGAGGAUAUGCCAGUUCGAAAAUUUCAUCGAGGCCGAGCGAAACGGCGAGACGGAAAAUUAUCGGCGAAGCCUCGUCUCCGAAAUGGACGAGGAAAUUGAGAAAAUGAAACUGGACGGUUUCGAAGACGAUUUUUACGUAUCGCCGGACGAAGACGACGGCGACGACGACGACGUAUCGGCGGCGUUGCAAAUCGACGAUCAGCUGGGCACGUCGUUCGGUGACGAUUUAGAACGCGGCCUCUAUUUCGUCGAAACGUACAACGCGGACGGCAAGGAACUGGUCAUAGUCAGCGUGCAGAUCGACAGGAAAGUGGUGGACCUGGACAAUUUCCAAGACUUGCAGUUGACGUCGCAGAUGCUGGUGCGGCGCGACGGCGACGGCGUCGUCCUCAUCGAUCUGGAGGAGGCGUCCAGUCGAUUGUCGUUGGACGAUUCGAACGGUUCCAAGAGGACGACGAUUUAUUCGACGGCCUCCGGAGAUAGUUUCGACGAUCGCAACGGUUACGACGAGUGCUUCGACUCGUCCGAUGGCUACGUGAGCGCGAGAAGAGAGACGGUCUGCGACAAGGAGGGGAUCGUGAGGAUCGAGAGGAUCGCGCGUGCCGAACGAAUCGACCCCGAGGACGACGAAAACGGGACUGUAGAAUACGAAUACAUCGCGUACGACGGGUACCCGGACGUGCCGGAACCAAAAAAGGAGACGCUGUUCUACAUCAUCGACGAAAUCAAAGUGACGGAACGAAAGUACGUCGAAGAUUUGCGGAAAGUCGUCGAGGAUUACAAGCCUUACAUAGAAGAACGGGCGCAGAUGUCGGAGGACAAAAGCCGGAUGUUGUUCGGAAACAUCGACGACCUUUACGCGCGGCAAACGGAUUUUCUGGAAGCGGUCGAAAAUUCGGAAGGCGACGACGUCCGGCACGUAGUUCAGUGUUUCAUAGAUUUCGAAGACUUGUUCGAACUGUAUCCGAAAUAUUUCCGAAGCAAACUAAAAUCCAACGUUAUCGCGCGGGAAUUGGCGGUCGUGAUUAAGGAAAGGCAGGACGAGCUAAACGACAAGUUGGACUUGUCCGCCUACCUUCUGACGCCACUUCAGAGACUGGGCAAGUACAAGCUCUUUCUGGAAAACAUCGUCAAGCAACUGGAAAAGGAGGCCAGGUCUACGGGAUUCGCGUGCAUUGCGCUGGACGUCAUCAAAAAGGCGAUGAGCAGGGGCAACGACGCGGUCGCCGCUUCUUCCAUCUUAAACAGCCCCUUGCACUGGACCGAAUACGGAUCGUUCAUGAUGCGGGAAAAGUUCGUAUGCUUGAAACCCAAACGGGUUGAUACGGUCGUGUUCCUGUUUGAGGAGGCCAUCGUUUUCACUUUCCAAGAUCCACGUAACUCCGACGAGUUUAUCUUCUGGCAGAGCAUAAAAACGAACGACCUGAGGAUAGCCACCUUCGAGGACACCACUUUGCACCUGACCGACUAUACGAAAACGAAACGGAGGAACUCCUCCAAGUACACGUACGUGCUGGACGCGAAAACGCCAAAAGCAAAGGAAACUUGGCGGGAAAAGAUCGAGGAUAUUUUGUGGCGGCAACUGAUGAAAGCCAAAGAGAACACGUUGCGGCUCUACCAAAGCGAGAACCGCAGGAAAAGCAAGACGAGACCUAAAAUCAAUCGGGAACGGAUCAAAUCCGCAGGCGCCUCCGUCUUCUAUGUCGAUUAGCUUACGUUUAAUUUGUUUUAAUUCGUACGAUGUCGACCUUGCCCGACCGCUAUAGUUAACUUAUUUUGUAUAUUAUUUACCGUUUUGUAUUGUUUUUUAAUCUUUAAAUAAACGCGUUUCGUAAAACGAU